GUCAUCUUUCUCAUAUUUUUCUUAUUUUUUAUUUCAACAAUUUUUUAUUUACUUAUUUUCUGUGCUUGUGGAAGCUAAACAUUUAUUUCUUAUUUCUUAUAAAAACAUUUUAAAAAAUUACAUAUCAAGGGCUUUUUCUAUUGCCUCCUGAACUCUUCCACACCCACACAACAAUGAACGCACACAUCGAGCGGCCGACAUAUAAGUAUGACAAGCCGCCACCAGAGACGCGGCCACUAAUCCAGAGACUCCAUUGGGUUCACGUUAUCUUGCUGUCGACCACACCUCUGAUUGCUCUUUAUGGCGUUCUAACCACCACAAUCCAGGCCAAGACCAUUGCCUUAAUGGCAAUUGUGUACUUUAUAUCUGGCCUCGGCAUCACUGCCGGGUACCAUCGUUUGUGGUCACACACCUCAUACACCGCAUCGUAUCCGCUCCAAGUAUUCCUUGCGCUUGCCGGCGCAGGUGCCGUACAGGGCUCGAUUUUCUGGUGGGGUCGGGAUCACCGCGUUCACCACAGAUAUACAGAUACCCCUCGCGAUCCCUAUGACGCUCUGCAGGGCUUCUGGCAUUCUCACCUUGGUUGGAUGCUCGUGAAGAAGGACCGUCGUCGUCUUGGCUAUGCCGAUACCUCUGACCUGAAGACCGACCCCCUUGUCCGCUGGCAGCACAAGUACUACCCCGUGCUUGUUCUUUUGUUUGGUGCUGUUAUUCCUACUUCCAUUGCUGGUUUGCUUUGGGGUGACUGGCGCGGUGGAUUCUUCUACGCCACUGUUCUCCGCAUGGUGCUCCUCCACCACGCUACUUUCUGCAUCAACUCGCUUGCUCACACCAUUGGAACGCCCACCUACGACGACGUCCAGACUGCUCGCGAUUCGUGGAUUACCGCCCUGGUCACUAUGGGCGAGGGAUACCACAACUUCCACCACCAGUUCCCCAACGACUACCGCAACGCCAUUCGCUUCUACCAGUACGACCCGACCAAGUGGUUUAUCCGCACUAUGUCGACCCUCGGCCUUGCUUACGAUCUCAAGACCUUCCCGGCCAACGAGAUUGAGAAGGGAUUCAUUGCUAUGCGGGUUAGGGAACUCAAGGACCGCGAGGUUCGUCUCGAUUUUGGAUCUCCAGUGGAGAAGCUCCCUAUCUACACCGAAGAGGAGUUCCUCGACCAGGUCAAGACCUACAAGAAGCAGUGGAUGGUCAUCGAGGGCUUUGUCUACGACAUCCAGCCUUUCUUCAACGACCACCCCGGAGGCAAGGCUCUGCUCAAGGGCGGCAUCGGCAAGGACAUGACUGAGGCGUUCAAUGGUGGUGUUUACCAGCACCACAAUGCUGCUCGCAACCUCAUGAACACUUCGUUGCGUAUCGGGCGACUGCAGCCAACAUUUUAGCCCUCCGUUGUACAUUGGAUAAGCCGGCCCGCGCGGAAUAUAGCUUUUUUAUUUUAAUUAUUUAAAUAUUUUUCUGUGGAUAAACUAAAUCAUUGAAACUU